GUUCAGUCAUCAACAGCAUUCGUGACUGGCAACGUCGUUUCGUUCGUCCGUCGCCGAAAGAAAUCGAGAAUUUCAGAAGAUUUUUGGAUUCUACUGCCCCACAAGGCAGUGCAGCUUCUUCUUCUUAGCCGCGGCGCGGGUGUGUGUGCGUGUGUGCCCCUCUCUCUCACUGUGUGUGUACGUCGUGUGUGUGUGUGUGCAGAAGAAUCCCCCCACCCACUUCAUACAAAAAAUUCAUAAAAAAAUAAUUGCAAAAGAAUGAAUCUCGCUUGCCAAGAAGAAGAAACGUAUUGAUCAUAUUUAUAAACAAAACAGCACACAGCCAAACAAAUCAAAAAGGACUAAACGAACGUAUAAUAUAACUGUUUAUUAUUUUUUUCAAGUGCAUUUUUGUUCGCUAAAAUAUGUGCGCGUGUAUGAGUGUCAAGUGUAAACAACAACAGCAACAUCAAAAGCAACAACAGCGACAGCAAACAUGUGCAAAAUAAGCCACAGCCAAAAAGCAACAACAUAAUGAUAAUGGCUUGAAAAAAUCACACACACAACAACAACAGGCAACAACCAAAACAACAACAUCAUACCCUCACCAUUCAACAAACGACUACAACAAAAUCCCCCACACAACAACAAGAAGAAACCCCCUUCCAAAAAAAUCAAAAAAAAUUCUUUUUCGGAACUAAAGUGAACAAAAUAUAAAACAUAACAUAACCAUAAUAAUAAUAAUAAUAACACACAGAAAUUGGCUUAUUUAUGCAUUUUUUUGAGCACGUAACAAGAAACAUACUACUUAAGGUGUAAAUGUGAUGACUAAAAACGAAAACCGAAUUAAAUAACAACUAACUAACAAGUAAAAUCGAAACGACAACAGAACAGAAUAAUGCCAGGCCUUAUUAGCCCCAAAUUGGUAGAAUCCAAAAACUGAAAACCCCAAAAAAACCUAAGCAAAAACUGACUGAGAAUUAUUGAAUUAACCCAAGAAAGCCCACGAAUGCAGCCAACAUUGCCACAAGCCGCUGGGACAGCCGAUAUGGAUCUGACGGCUGUUCAAUCAAUCAACGAUUGGUUUUUCAAAAAGGAGCAAAUUUAUUUAUUGGCACAGUUUUGGCAACAGCGCGCAACCCUUGCCGAAAAGGAAGUGAACACACUCAAAGAGCAGCUAUCCACCGGCAAUCCCGACAGCAACCUCAACAGCGAAAACAGCGAUACAGCAGCAGCGGCAGCAACAGCAGCAGCAGUUGCAGCAGUUGUUGCAGGAGCAACAGCAACAAACGACAUCGAGGACGAGCAGCAGCAACAGUUGCAGCAGACGGCCAGCGGCGGCAUUUUGGAAAGCGACAGCGACAAGCUGCUGAACAGCUCCAUUGUUGCAGCGGCCAUAACGCUGCAGCAGCAGAACGGCAGCAAUCUGCUGGCCAACACAAAUACGCCGUCGCCCUCGCCGCCGUUGCUCAGCGCCGAGCAGCAGCAGCAGUUGCAGAGCAGUUUGCAACAGAGCGGCGGUGUUGGCGGCGCCUGCCUCAAUCCCAAGCUUUUCUUCAAUCACGCCCAACAGAUGAUGAUGAUGGAGGCGGCAGCCGCGGCAGCAGCGGCGGCAUUGCAACAGCAGCAGCAACAGCAAUCACCACUCCAUUCGCCGGCGAAUGAAGUUGCGAUUCCCACAGAACAGCCAGCGGCAACAGUGGCAACAGGAGCCGCUGCUGCAGCAGCCGCAGCAGCAACACCGAUUGCAACUGGCAACGUCAAAAGCGGCAGCACCACCAGCAACGCCAAUCACACCAACAGCAACAAUAGUCACCAGGACGAGGAGGAGCUGGACGAUGAGGAGGAGGACGAGGAGGAGGAUGAGGACGAGGAUGAUGAGGAGGAGAAUGCCUCGAUGCAAUCGAAUGCUGAUGAUAUGGAGCUGGAUGCGCAGCAAGAAACCAGAACUGAGCCAAGUGCAACAACACAACAGCAGCAUCAGCAGCAGGAUACAGAGGAUCUUGAGGAGAACAAGGAUGCGGGGGAGGCUAGUUUAAAUGUUAGCAAUAAUCACAAUACAACCGAUAGCAAUAAUAGUUGUAGUCGAAAGAACAACAAUGGCGGCAAUGAAAGUGAGCAACAUGUGGCCAGUUCGGCGGAGGACGAUGAUUGCGCCAACAACAAUACAAAUACCAGCAAUAACAACAAUACCAGCAACACCGCCACCAGCAACACGAACAACAACAAUAAUAAUAACAGCAGCAGCGGCAACAGCGAGAAGCGCAAGAAGAAGAACAAUAACAACAACAACGGCCAGCCUGCUGUUCUAUUAGCUGCCAAAGAUAAAGAGAUUAAAGCCCUUUUGGACGAACUGCAGCGCUUGAGGGCGCAGGAGCAGACGCACCUGGUGCAAAUCCAACGAUUGGAGGAACAUCUUGAGGUCAAGCGUCAGCACAUCAUCCGAUUGGAGGCACGUCUGGAUAAGCAGCAAAUUAAUGAGGCACUGGCCGAGGCGACCGCUUUGUCCGCUGCCGCGUCAACCAACAACAACAAUAAUAGCCAGAGCAGCGACAACAAUAAGAAGCUGAAUACCGCUGCAGAAAGACCGAUGGAUGCGUCAUCCAAUGCCGAUCUACCGGAGUCCACAAAAGCUCCAGUUCCGGCGGAGGAUGACGAAGAAGAUGAGGAUCAGGCCAUGCUGGUGGAUUCCGAGGAAGCGGAGGACAAGCCAGAGGACUCACAUCACGAUGACGACGAAGAUGAGGACGAGGAUCGGGAGGCGGUCAAUGCCACCACAACCGAUAGCAACGAGCUCAAAAUCAAAAAGGAACAGCAUCCGCUGGAUCUGAAUGUGCUCAGUCCGAAUUCGGCCAUUGCCGCUGCAGCUGCGGCCGCCGCUGCCGCCGCCUGCGCCAAUGACCCCAACAAAUUCCAGGCUCUGCUCAUCGAGCGGACCAAAGCCUUGGCCGCAGAGGCGCUCAAGAAUGGCGCCAGCGAUGCCCUCAGCGAAGAUGCCCACCAUCAGCAGCAGCAGCACCACCAACAGCAGCACCAACACCAGCAACAACACCACCAGCAACAGCACCUCCACCAGCAACAUCACCAUCACCUGCAACAGCAACCAAACAGCGGCAGCAACAGCAAUCCAGCGAGCAACGACCACCAUCAUGGACACCAUUUGCAUGGCCAUGGUUUGCUGCAUCCUUCGUCGGCGCACCAUCUGCACCACCAAACGACCGAAUCCAAUUCGAAUUCGAGUACACCCACAGCGGCGGGAAAUAACAAUGGUAGCAAUAACAGCUCCAGCAACACAAAUGCCAAUAGUACCGCUCAAUUGGCCGCCAGUUUGGCCAGUACACUCAAUGGCACCAAGUCCCUGAUGCAGGAGGAUAGCAAUGGCUUGGCCGCCGUCGCCAUGGCGGCUCAUGCCCAACAUGCGGCUGCCUUGGGACCUGGAUUUUUGCCCGGCCUUCCAGCGUUUCAGUUUGCCGCCGCCCAAGUGGCCGCCGGUGGCGAUGGACGGGGUCAUUAUCGUUUCGCCGACUCGGAACUGCAAUUGCCACCGGGUGCUUCGAUGGCCGGUCGUCUUGGAGAGUCGCUCAUACCCAAGGGUGAUCCCAUGGAGGCCAAACUCCAAGAGAUGUUGCGCUACAACAUGGACAAGUACGCCAAUCAGGCGCUGGAUACCCUGCACAUUUCGCGACGUGUCCGCGAACUGCUAUCGGUGCACAACAUUGGCCAGCGACUAUUUGCCAAAUACAUACUGGGCCUGUCGCAGGGCACCGUUUCCGAGCUGCUGAGCAAACCCAAGCCGUGGGACAAGUUGACGGAGAAGGGACGAGAUAGCUACCGCAAAAUGCACGCCUGGGCCUGUGACGAUAAUGCCGUCAUGCUGCUCAAAUCGCUGAUACCCAAGAAAGAUUCUGGACUGCCGCAGUAUGCGGGUCGUGGUGCCGGCGGCGCUGGCGGCGAUGAUUCCAUGUCCGAGGAUCGGAUUGCACAUAUCCUCAGCGAAGCCUCCUCGCUGAUGAAACAGAGCAGUGUGGCCCAGCAUCGGGAGCAGGAGCGUCGCAGUCACGGCGGCGAGGAUUCACACAGCAACGAGGACAGCAAAUCGCCACCUCAAAGCUGCACGUCGCCGUUCUUCAAGGUGGAGAAUCAGCUGAAGCAGCACCAGCAUCUUAAUCCCGAGCAGGCUGCCGCUCAGCAAAGGGAAAGGGAACGCGAGCAAAGAGAACGGGAGCAGCAGCAGCGGCUGCGGCACGACGACCAGGACAAGAUGGCUCGUCUCUACCAGGAGCUGAUUGCACGCACUCCGCGUGAGACGGCUUUUCCAAGCUUUCUCUUCUCACCCUCGCUAUUUGGAGGAGCCGCCGGAAUGCCAGGAGCAGCCAGCAAUGCCUUUCCCGCCAUGGCCGAUGAAAAUAUGCGUCACGUCUUUGAACGUGAGAUUGCCAAGCUGCAGCAGCACCAACAGCAACAACAAGCUGCCCAGGCUCAGGCACAGUUCCCCAACUUCUCGAGCCUGAUGGCUUUGCAGCAGCAGGUCCUCAACGGAGCCCAGGAUCUCUCGCUAGCUGCCGCUGCAGCCAAGGACAUCAAGUUGAACGGUCAGCGAUCCUCGUUGGAGCACAGUGCCGGCAGCAGCAGUUGUUCAAAAGAUGGCGAACGAGAUGAUGCGUAUCCAAGUUCCCUACAUGGUCGCAAGUCCGAGGGAGGUGGCACACCCGCACCACCUGCCCCACCAUCUGGCCCAGGAACCGGAGCAGGAGCCCCACCCACAGCAGCACCACCAACCGGCGGUGCCAGCAGCAAUUCGGCAGCACCCAGUCCGCUAAGCAAUUCAAUACUUCCACCGGCAUUGAGCAGCCAAGGUGAGGAGUUCGCCGCGACAGCAAGUCCUUUGCAGCGAAUGGCCUCGAUCACCAAUUCGCUGAUUACCCAACCACCGGUGACGCCGCACCACAGUACGCCACAGCGACCCACCAAGGCGGUUCUGCCACCGAUCACCCAGCAACAGUUCGAUAUGUUCAACAACCUUAACACCGAGGAUAUAGUCAGACGUGUGAAGGAGGCCCUGUCGCAGUACUCCAUCUCCCAGCGAUUGUUCGGCGAGUCCGUGCUGGGUUUGUCUCAGGGAUCGGUCUCCGAUUUAUUGGCUAGACCCAAGCCAUGGCACAUGCUCACUCAAAAGGGCCGUGAACCCUUCAUUCGCAUGAAGAUGUUCCUGGAGGAUGAGAACGCGGUGCACAAACUGGUGGCCAGUCAAUACAAGAUUGCCCCCGAGAAGCUAAUGCGAACGGGCAGUUACAGUGGAAGUCCGCAGAUGCCACAGGGAUUGGCAAGCAAAAUGCAGGCUGCCUCCCUGCCCAUGCAGAAGAUGAUGAGCGAACUUAAGCUGCAGGAGCCAGCACAGGCGCAGCACUUGAUGCAGCAAAUGCAGGCGGCGGCAAUGUCGGCAGCAAUGCAACAGCAGCAAGUGGCACAAGCGCAGCAGCAGGCUCAGCAGGCGCAACAGGCACAACAGCAUUUGCAGCAGCAGGCGCAGCAGCACUUGCAACAGCAGCAACAUCUUGCCCAGCAGCAACACCCCCAUCAGCAGCACCAUCAAGCGGCCGCCGCGGCUGCCGCAUUGCACCACCAAAGCAUGCUUCUGACCUCGCCCGGACUGCCACCCCAGCAUGCCAUCAGUCUGCCACCUUCAGCGGGUGGAGCCCAACCAGGUGGUCCUGGUGGCAAUCAGGGCAGCUCAAAUCCCUCAAACAGCGAAAAGAAACCCAUGCUGAUGCCGGUUCAUGGCACUAAUGCCAUGAGAAGUCUGCACCAGCACAUGUCGCCCACCGUUUACGAAAUGGCCGCUUUAACCCAAGAUCUGGACACCCACGAUAUCACUACCAAGAUCAAGGAGGCGUUGUUGGCCAACAAUAUUGGUCAGAAAAUAUUUGGCGAAGCCGUUUUGGGACUUUCGCAGGGAUCCGUAUCUGAGCUGCUGAGCAAACCGAAGCCCUGGCACAUGCUCUCCAUCAAGGGCAGGGAACCCUUCAUCCGGAUGCAAUUGUGGCUCAGUGAUGCCAACAAUGUUGAACGAUUGCAGUUGCUGAAAAAUGAGCGACGGGAGGCCAGCAAACGAAGGAGGAGCACAGGCCCAAACCAACAGGACAAUAGUAGCGAUACCUCCAGCAAUGAUACCAAUGACUUCUAUACCAGCAGUCCGGGUCCAGGAUCCGUCGGUUCGGGUGUCGGUGGUGCUCCGCCGAGCAAAAAACAGCGUGUCCUCUUCUCCGAGGAGCAAAAGGAGGCACUUCGGCUGGCAUUCGCCUUGGAUCCGUAUCCAAAUGUGGGGACCAUCGAGUUUCUGGCCAAUGAGCUGGGCUUGGCAACGCGGACGAUCACCAACUGGUUCCACAAUCAUCGCAUGCGAUUGAAGCAACAGGUGCCACACGGACCUGCCGGUCAAGAUAAUCCGAUACCGAGUCGCGAGAGUACCAGUGCCACGCCCUUCGAUCCCGUCCAAUUCCGCAUUCUGCUGCAGCAGCGUCUACUGGAGCUCCACAAGGAGCGAAUGGGCAUGAGCGGUGCCCCCAUUCCCUAUCCGCCGUACUUUGCUGCCGCUGCCAUUUUGGGUCGCAGUCUGGCGGGGAUUCCCGGUGCGGCAGCGGCCGCUGGAGCAGCUGCAGCAGCCGCCGCAGUUGGCGCCUCUGGUGGUGAUGAGUUGCAGGCUCUGAAUCAGGCCUUCAAGGAGCAGAUGAGCGGUUUGGAUCUGUCGAUGCCCACCUUAAAGCGGGAACGCAGCGAUGACUAUCAGGACGAUCUGGAACUGGAGGGUGGUGGUCACAAUCUAAGUGACAACGAAUCGCUGGAGGGUCAAGAGCCGGAGGACAAGACCACCGAUUACGAGAAGGUGCUGCACAAAUCCGCUUUGGCCGCUGCCGCCGCUUACAUGUCCAAUGCAGUGCGGAGUUCACGACGAAAGCCAGCUGCCCCACAGUGGGUCAAUCCCGCCGGAGCGGUGACCAAUCCAAGUGCUGUAGUUGCAGCCGUUGCUGCUGCCGCAGCUGCCGCGGCGGACAAUGAACGCAUCAUCAACGGGGUGUGCGUGAUGCAGGCCUCCGAGUACGGCCGCGAUGAUACUGAUAGCAACAAGCCAACGGACGGCGGCAACGAUUCCGAUCAUGAGCACGCCCAGCUGGAGAUCGAUCAGCGUUUCAUGGAACCGGAGGUGCACAUCAAACAGGAGGAGGACGACGAUGAGGAGCAAUCGGGAUCGGUUAAUCUGGACAACGAGGACAAUGCGACUAGCGAGCAAAAACUGAAGGUGAUCAACGAGGAGAAGCUGCGAAUGGUGCGAGUUCGCCGGCUGAGCAGCACUGGUGGUGGUUCCUCUGAGGAAAUGCCAGCUCCCCUCGCACCACCGCCUCCUCCGCCAGCAGCUUCUUCUUCUAUCGUUAGUGGAGAAAGCACCACCAGCAGCAGUAGUAGCAGCAACACCAGCAGCAGCACACCGGCGGUAACCACUGCAGCAGCAACUGCGGCAGCCGGUUGGAACUACUAAAGUAAAAAAAUUAACAGAACUAAAUAUAAAUUCAGUGCAAUGUGUAGAGAAGCGGAGAUGGUUAACGCGUUUACUUGUGAUUAAGUUUGAAUGUUUAGACGAUGUGAGGAGCCAGGAGACAUACAUACAUAUAUAUAUUAAUAGCACUUAGGCUCUAGAAAACUAUAUUUUUUUGUUUUUUUUUUAUUAAACAUUAACUACUAAAUAUAGGCGUUAGUUGUAGCCGUUAAGGUAGCCUUAGGUUGAGGAGUUGUAAUAGUUGUAGCUAAAAGUUUAGAGACGCUAUGCGAUGAUGAUAAUUAUGAUGAGAGAGCAGCGCAAAAGUAUUAAUGAGAAAAUAAACCCCAUUUAAGAACCCCGACUUGCCGAAGAACUUUAACCAAAAUGUCGAGAUCCAAUUGAUAGUGAAAGAUUUGAUCUUGCAAAGAUUUUCGAUUUCGAUUUUUCGAUUUGUUUCUACUUGAAGACUGUAAGCAAAGGCGGUAGGAUUGAUAACUACAAACGUAAUUCUAUUCUACAUACAUUUUUUUUUUAAGAAACUAUUAUAUGAUUAUUAGCAGUUUAGCUGGUUAAGUGUAAAUAAAUAAUUAAAUGAAUGAUGAUGACGAUUGAUAGUGUACAUAGAUUUCUCGCGAGGCAUGAUCUUGCUAUCGUUCUUCCUAAAAAAAAAUCCUACCUUCUACCACCCUCAGCAACCGACUUGUUUAACUAUCUUUUGAUCUCAAGCAAAAAAACAAAAAAAAACUAAUACGAAACGAAACAAAACAAUGCAGAAAUUGAAAGGGAAAUGUGGAAGGCAUGGAGUGAAAAUCCAAAGUAAAAGAUAGUUAAAAGCAAAGCUGAAUUGCAGCGAGCAGAAAAGUUUUCCCCUAUUUUGUUGCCCAAAUAAAAUAAAAAUAUGUCGAUGAGAAAAGGAAAGGCAAAUUGAGAAAAAAAAUAUAUAACAAUAAUCUUUGUAAAUUCUGAAUUUACAUAAAAAAUCACACACAUAAAAUACACCUACACAACAAAAACACACACACAAAUUGAGUAAUUCAUAAUUAUAGCAAAAAUAAACAUGCAAAAUGCACUAAAUUAUUUAUAAUCUAAUUAUUCUAUACAUAAUUAUAUAUAAUUAUACAUAUGCAUAUAAAGCGAAAAAUGAAAAGUUUAUCAACUUAGCCUAACGGUAAUUUAAAUUUGCAUUAAACCGUAGCAUAAAUAACAAAAAUUUUUUUCUGUGAAUCUAAAAUAUUUAAAGGUAAAAAUAGAAAACACAAACCGCAUAUCGUACUAAAGAAAUUACACAAAAGAAAAAAUAUAAAAAAAUAAGAAAACAGUAAUCUAAGACAGCCAAUUUUUUUUUUGCCUAGAUCUUAAGUUUACAACGUAAUCGUAAUAUUAAAUAAAUUACAAAAUAAACAAACAAAAAAAAUAAAAAAAAGAAUCUGUUUUCCUAUAUGAACAAGAGACAACAUAGAAAACCAAGAAGAGCAAAAAACAAAUUUUAAGAAAUAUUUAAACCUUUUUUUUCCUAGGCUAAAUGUUUAAGCUAAACAAAAAACAGAUUUCUCAAACCAAAAAAGCUAAAUAAAUUAAAAUUACACGAAACCAUUUUUGCAUAGGCCCAAAAUUCGCCGCGUUAUUAUUAUUAUUAUUACAUACAUAUAUAUGAGACGAGUAAUAAAGAGAAACAAAUUACCAACAUAUACCAAACACAUUUCAAAAACCUUAAAAAAAUACAAUUUGCGAAAUUUAUACAAGAAACAAAACACGAAACAACUAAAAAUAUUUUUAAAAAAUAUGCAAACAACUUUUGCCCGCUGUCAGCGAAAUUUGUUACGAUCUUCUUAAAAUUAUUAUUAUUUUUAUCUUUUCCUCCUGUUUGCGUUUAAGUUAUCGAGUUAAAUACUUUGCAUUUUCAUACGCUUUAGCUAAUGAAUAAAUUACAUCUAUAUGGAUAUGAGAUAAACAAGUAAUAAAUAAAUAUAUAUAAAAUAUAUACAAAAUAUGGAUAAAGAAAGUUGAGCUGAGACAAAAACCAACACGACACGUUGACAUGGUUCGCAACUUUUAGUUUUAAUUAUUUCUUAAAUACAAUUUUUUUGUCUUCGUAUUUUUAUUAUUAUUAUUAUUAUUGUAAUUAUAAUAUAAAUAUUAUAUAUAUAUAUAUAUAUAUAUAUAUACAUUAAAAGAAGGAAAAAGCGAAUACACAAGCGACAACAUACCAAUAAUACAUGAACAUGAUCGAAACUUUAUCAAAUAAAAAUGUUUUCUUAAACGAAAAAAAACCCAUCGAUAUCCUUUUUUAUUUUCCUACAACAAAAAACCACCAAAAUCGCAGAAAAUGCCGCUGAGGAACGAAAGUACUCGCAAUCUCUUGUAAUCCCGCAAUCUCGUGACCCCGAAUCCCCAAAAAACCCAAAAAAAAACGUCCGCCGGAAGCUCCAACCCUUUCCCCCAAAACAAGAAAAAAUAAACAUCAGACACAGAAACACUCUGAAAUUGUAUAGCAUACUUUUGGGAGUUCCGAGAUGUCGAAAUGCUCCCUCGCCACCCAGCCGAUAUAAGCCUAUAUAGGACCUAGUUAUAUAUAUGCAUGAUCAGCAUUUUUAUACAUACCAUUAAUAGUUAUAUUUAUUAACAAUAUGCGGUGCUAGCCAAGUAAAGUAAAACGUACAGAUAUUAAUGAAGAAAAUGCGCUGACCCACAUUAUAUGUAUACAUAACAACAUACAUACAUAUAUAUGUUAGUAAAGUGGGCAGUGGAAAUUUUUUGCAUAGAUCCGUACUGCUCCAAUAAAAACAUACGUAAUUAAUUUUAAACAAAGCAAUUAAAACGGAAACGUUUGUUGAUUCAAAUCAAAAGAGUUGAGCUGUAAAUACGAUAUAUAUGAAAUUAUCCUUCCAAUUCGAAACACACACACAUACAUUUUUUAUACCGACUAAGAAAUGAUCUGUUUUUUUAGACCUUUAGACACAGAUAUCUGAAUAUACAUGAAUAUAAAUGAAUUUAAGCCCAUGGUGAUAUGCGCACACACUCCACUCACUUUGCCAAUUGUCCUACCUUUUCUUCUUUUCCACCCACUACAUAUUAGCUGUACAUAAGAAAAUGAAAGACCGAAAUAUAGAGGAAUCCCAAAUUUAUGGAUCAGAAAGUAAUAAAAUGAGAAAACAAAAACCAGACCAUAUCAAUAUUAUGUUUAAAGCAUAAAGAGUAAGAAGUCGAAAGGAUAUACAAGCAUGUUAUUUUAGCAGAUCCGAAAACAAGUAAAUAAAAACAGACUUGAAAUAACCAUAUAGUGUUAACCAGCAGAUAUACAUAUAUACAAAAGUCUCUAUAUAAAAUAACGACAUAUAUUAAAAAAAUGCAUUCAGUACUGUUGAAUGAUGAUGAGAUCCAGAACAAGAACAAGAAAAAGAACCGUAGUUAACACAUAGAACAGAUCUAUUGAACCGAUACCAAACCGAUUCCUUUAGUUUUCAACCGACAAAGAUCUUGAUGAGGACAGCCAGCUCCGUUUUUCAGUUUGAAAUCCGCCCAAAAAUGCAAUGAACAUAAAAAAAUGAAAACCAGAACAAAAUAAAUGCAAAACGAAGCGAGGAGAGUAACAAAAAUUAAGGAGAUUCUUAAGCAAAUUAGCAAAAUGUGCCCAAAACAAACAAUUAAAAAAGAAAAAGCAGCAAAAAUAUCAAAAAUAUACAUAUAAACAAAGUAAAUAGAAAAACAAAAACCGUAUAUAGUUAUAUAUAUUAUACAUAGAUAUUAAACUUAAGCACAUACAAUUUUUGGCAACCUCGAAAUCAUUUUUUAAGACCUAAGCAGAAGCAAAACUUAAAAAUUAACCGAAAUAAACGUAAAAAAAAUAAACAAAACAAAAGCAAACAUUUUUUUGUAGCAUUUCUUGUAUAAAUGCACAAGAGCAUAAAAUUAACAACAAACCAAAAUAAAUUAAAAGGUAAUGAAUAUUUUUUUUAAUUAAGCUAAACUCAAAUUGUGUUUUUGAUUUCACACUCAUUGAGAAAGUUUUUCCAGCAAGCGGUUUGCAAAGAAGACAAAACCAAAGCGAAUUAAAAAAAUCAAACGAGAAAAGGAAACAGCCACGAAAAUUAUCAAAAUAUGAAAAUGACGCGAGAAAUGAGAAACACGAGAUAAUGCGAAUAUAAAUAAUAAUAAUAAUAUGAUUAAUAAACUAGUUUAUAUAGCAUGUAAAACUGAACAGAAAAAUCAAAUUCAAUAAAGACGAAUCUACUGUAUUCCAAU